GGGUUGUAUAUAGCUGCAUAUUGCAGUGUUGUGUAACUAAUGAAUCAAUAAUCAGUUUUCAUUUGUUAUCUCUAAUCUUCCAGCACUCUCUCUUUCUCUCUCGUUCUGUUAUUCUUCUCUGAACUCCAACAUGUAUUUAAAAAGUUAAAAACUAGCCAUGCGAGCCUCGCUCCUUAUUAUUCAAGUCAGAUUGUUUAAUUACAUAAACCACACAAGCAGAGUCAUUGACAGGCAGAGAUAGAUGGAGUUGCUUUCAGUCUCAGUCUCAGGAUGUACAAUAAUCUGGGUUGUGAUGACAGUGAUAGUUGCUGUGAUUCCAAUAUGGGCCUUGCAGGUGCUGUGGCUGAAACCAAAGAAGAUGGAAAAUCUUCUAAGAGCUCAAGGUCUUCAAGGCCAACCUUACAAGCUUGACCUUUUCUGUGCCGAACUCAAGCAAAACUACAUGCUCAAGUUGCAACAUGAAGCCAACUCCAAACCCAUUACUCUCUCCAAUGAUGUUGCACCGGAUGUAUUCUUGUCUCCCCAUCAAGCUGUCCUCAAAUAUGGUAAGAAUUCCUUUUUAUGGGAAGGUAGGAAACCAAAGGUGAUCAUCACAAACCCAGAAGAAAUCAAACAAGUCUUUAACAAGAUGCAAGACUACCCUAAACCAAAGUUAAGUUCCAUUGCCAAAUUUUUUAGCGUUGGUCUCAUAGAAUAUGAAGGUGAAAAAUGGGCUAAGCAUCGAAAAAUUAUUUCCCCGGCAUUCCACCCAGAUAAAUUGAAAAGUAUGCUACCAGCUUUUUUAAAAAGCAGCCAGGAUAUGAUUAGCAAAUGGAAGGAAAUGUUGGCAUCAAAGGAUGGAACAACAUGUGAGAUUGAUGUUUGGCCUUUUCUUCAGGAUUUAACUUGUGAUGCAAUUUCUAGAACGGCAUUUGGAAGCAGCUAUGCUGAAGGAACCAAAAUAUUUGAGCUUCUCAAAAGGCAGGGGUAUCUUUUAAUGAAAGCACAGUAUGCUCACAUUAUUCCAAUCUUGAUGUUUCUACCAACUGCCACAAAUAGGAUGAUGAAGGAAAUCAACAGAAAUAUUAGUGAUUCAGUUGUGAGUAUCAUUAAAAAACGAGAGCAAGCCAUGAAGAAUGGCGAAGCCACAAAUAUUGAUUUUUUAGGCCUAGUUUUGGAAUCAAAUCACAGUGAAAAUCAAGGACAUGGAAACAGUAAGAUUAAUGGAGGAAUGACUGACCAAGAUGUAAUUGAGGAAUGCAAGCUAUUCUACCUUGCUGGGCAAGAGACCACUGCAAAUUUGCUGGUUUGGACAAUGGUGUUAUUGGCUAGGCAUCCUGAAUGGCAAGCACGUGCACGGCAAGAAGUUUUGCAAGUUUUUGGCAACCAAAAUCCAAACAAUGAUGGAUUGAGUCACUUGAAAAUUAUGACAAUGAUUCUAUAUGAGGUUCUUAGGUUAUAUCCACCUGCAAUUUACUUCAACCGUGUUGUUCCAGAGGAUUUGAAACUUGGAGACCUUUCACUACCUGCAGGAACUCACAUUUCCAUACCAAUACUUUUGAUCCACCAUGAUAAUGAUAUAUGGGGUGAUGAUGCAAAGGAGUUCAAACCUGAGAGGUUCUCAGAAGGCAUUGCUAAGGCCACAAAAGGCCAACUUUCAUAUUUCCCAUUUGGAUGGGGUCCUAGAAUGUGUAUUGGCCAAAACUUUUCGCUGUUAGAAGCAAAAAGGCUUAAUAGCACUUUUGGUCCCCCACGUUUCAAAAAUGUGCAAUAUUAAUCCCCCACGUUUGAAAAUAGCAUAAUGGUACCUCCACGUUUGUCUCCGUUAACAGUUUUGGUCCCUCAGCAAUUUUCCGUCCAAAAACUAACCGUUCUGAGGGUAAAUAUGUAAUUGAGCAAAAAAAAUUAAUUAAAAUAUUAACAACACUUAAAAACCAAGAAAAAUAUCCCCUUCUCAUCUCCCUCAUCAUCUUCAUCAACCUAGAAAACCCAGAAAAAAAAUAUUCCUCUCCAAAACAUCUUCAUCUUCCCUACAAAUAUAUCACCUUGCCCAUAAAACCCAGAUCAAACACUUGGAUUCAUUCUUCCAUGGCUGGUCUUCAACAAUGCAAUUUCUUUGCCAGCCACAACAAACUUAUUUUUUUGACAAUAACCAACAAAAAUAAAUUAAAACGAGACAGACCAGAUAUAGAGCUACAUGAAUAUGAAAUCAAAAAGAACCCCGUAGAUCUGAACAAGAAAAUUAAUGCUUUGGGUCAAUUGUUCCAGUAGAAGGUGGUGUUGUAUGUUUAAAAAUCCUCAAAUCUCCCACACCCUCAUCUUCGCCCCCAAACCCAACCCUAAUUAUCCUCACUGUUCUCCAAUGCUCUGUUUCGAGAAGAAGGAAGAGAUGCCGCGGUUCUCGUUGAAGAAGAAGAUCCAUCCUUCCGCCGCUGCCGCCGCUGAUAAGAGAGUUUGGCUUUGGAUCCGAAUGCCCAGCCACCUUCUGAUUGGGUUUUAUUGCUGAAGGAACAAAACCCCUUUGUUCCCCGUUUGAUUUGAUUCCAUUGCUCGGUGCUAACUGUUGCUAUGGCUUCUCGCGGUUGCUGAUUUCAGAGGGCUUUACUUGGAUGGAUAUGGAUUCGUCUGAUUUGUCUUCUUCUUCGCCUUGCACUUCUCCCAUGUCUUCUUCUACUGCUUGCACUGCCUCUGAUGCUGUUCAGUUUAUGGGUCAAGAUGGUGAUGGUUGCAUUUCGUUCGCUUCCCCCAAACCUCUUUAGAUAAAAAACAACAAAACCAUCACCCAACCGCCAUGAAUCUGGUUCAGGGGUUAGCAAAUAUGGGUUUCGAAUCUGGGUUUUGGGGUCUGAUGUGAGAAACAUUUUACCAUCAGAACCCAGAAAUUUUACCCAGAACCCAGAAACAUUAUCUCCAAUACUGUUCUGAUUUUUGUUUCAAAUACCGACAACCCAAAACUUCAAUUCUAGAACCCAAAAUUCCCUGGUUCCUCCCACCUCUCCAACCUCUCCUCACCCAAAUCACCGUGGAGCUUCUCGCUUCUCCAAGACGCAGAACAAGCAAAACAGAGACACGAGGUUCUUUGCUCUCCAACGCCGUUUGAGUAGAUGAGUGUCCUAGAUUUUUUUUUUAUUAAUUUUAUCAAUUUAAAUUUUAUUAAAAUUUCCAAGUCAGCAAAAAACGUUAGUUUUUGGACGGAAAAUUGGUGGGGGACCAAAACUGUUAACGGAGACAAACGUGGAGGUACCAUUAUGCUAUUUUCAAACGUGAGGGAUUAAUAUUGCACAUUUUUGAAACGUGGGGGACCAAAAGUGCUAUUAAGCCAAGCAAAAACAGUAUUGUCAUUGCUUUUGCAGAAUUUCUCAUUUGAGCUUUCUGCGGCCUAUAAACAUGUUCCCACAACUCUGCUUACUUUGAAGCCAAAAAAUGGGGUGCAACACAUUCUCCAUAAAUUGUAAUUUCAAUCUUCUAUAACUUUCGUAUUGAUGUAAGCUAUCUUUUAGGAAUCCAAUAAAAUGCAAGCAUGUUUUUCUUUUUUUACAUUCAACUAGUGAUUAGUGGUUUGAAUCAAUAAACUUAUGUGCAAUUUCACAGUGA